AUGGAAUUAAAUAAUAAAAAUCAUAAUAAUAAUAUUAAUAAUGAUUUUACUAAUAAUAAAGAAAAAGUUUGGUUAAUAAGUGGAUCAUCAAGUGGUUUUGGAUUAAUAAUUGUAAAAAAUUUAUUAGAAAAUGGAAAUUUAAUUUCAGCAUUAACUCGUACACCAGAAAAAUUAGAGAAUCAAUUAAAGCUAAUUGAUUAUAAGAAAGAGAAUUUAUUAAUUAUUAAAACUGAUAUUACUAAUGAUCAAUCAGUUAAAGAAUCAAUAGAGUUAACAAUAAAGAAAUUCCAAAGAAUUGAUAUUGUAAUAAAUAAUGCAGGAUAUGGAUUAGUUGGGUCAAUUGAAGAAUUAACCGAUACUGAAUUUCGAAAGAUUUAUGAUGUAAAUGUAUUUGGUGUUUUAAAUUUACUAAGACAUUCAACACCAUAUCUUAGAAAACAAAGGUCUGGUACUAUCAUUAACAUUUCUUCAACAUUAGGUUGGGGUACUAUGAAAUGCUAUUCAGCAUAUUCUUCAACUAAACAUGCUGUCAAUUCAAUUACAUUCUCUGCUCAAAAAGAAUUAAAACCAUUCAAUGUAAAUGUAAUUUUAGUUUGUCCUGGUGGAUUCAGAACUGGGUUUGUAAUUGGUUACAAAGAUAAAAAUGAGAAUGAUAAUGACGGUUAUUUUUGUAAUUUUCAAAUACCAAAUAAUAUGAUUGAUGAAUAUAAAACAAAUGAAUUAAUUCAAAGGUUUUAUAAAUAUUCUCCAAUUGCAAUUGGUGAUCCUGAAAAAGCUGCAAAUGUUAUAAUUCAAUUACCAAGUAUGAAUGAAAUUCCAACUCAUUUAUUUUUAGGUUCAGAUUCUUUAAAUCAAUGUACAAAUCUUUUACAGUCUCAUUUAAAAGAGAAUGAAAAAUGGUCAAAUCUUUCAAAUUCUACUGAUUUAGAUAAAGAUAAACAAUCAAAUAUUGAAAUUCCAAAAUUAUAUUGA